AUGAGUCUGUUUAUGGCUUCACGCUUGCUCCGCGCCCCGCUGCGCCAGACUGCAUGUGUGCUGGGUACCGCCCGUAUGGCCCCAUGUGCCAUCCACACGUCUGCCAAGGUGCAGGGCCUUCCUUGGGCAAAGAACGUGCCUACGACUUCGAUGACGGAGGAGCAGGACCUCCAGCACCUGAAUGCCCGUCGUAAUGAUCGCCCCAUUUCGCCCCACGUCGAGAUUUACCAGCCCCAGCUUACAUGGUGCAGUUCGAUUGCGCACCGUGUUACCGGUGUCGGUCUGAGUGGUGCGCUCUACGCGUCCGCUGUAGCCUACGUGGCUGCUCCAUACAUGGGUUUGGGUGAGCUCGUUUCGUCUGCCUCGCUCGUGGAUGUGGUGUCGCACAUGCCCGUGUGGGCCAAGCUGCUGGUCAAGGCGCCCCUGGCUGCUGCCUUUAGCUACCACUCCUUGAACGGCAUCCGUCAUCUUUUGUGGGACUGGGCUCUUUGCACGACGCUCCGCUCGUCGUACGCUGCCGGCUACGCUGUCAUUGGCCUCACAGGCGUCGCUACCGUCGGUCUCUGCAUGUUGUAA